AUGCCCACAUCUGGUUCUGCCUCAGCGUUCCUUCGGCGUCUGGUUUCUUCUUCUUCUUCUUCCUCGGGUGCGGGACUGCGGGGUGCUAUUUGUUCUGUCGCUGGUUCUGUAAUUCUGCCGUUGGGUCUUGGCUCCUGGUCCUGGGAGCUGCUGGUUCUGCUACUGGGUGCCGCUGGUUCUGCCGCUGGGUCCUGGCUCCUAGGUGCCGCUGGUUCUGCUGCUGGGUUCUGCCUCGUGGAGUUUAGGGUUCUGCAAUUCACUCUUGUCGCUUGCCCUCUUGAUACAGUCAUUCUGCAGUUUAGUUAUGUGAUUUUGUCUAUAUUUCUUUUGCGACAAGAAUUGGCCUUUCGUGGUAACGAUGAGACAGAUGAUUCUGUUAAUCAAGGAAAUUUUUUGGAACUUUUAAACUUUCUUGCGCAACAUAAUAAAGAGAUUGAUCGUGCUUUUAAAAAUUCUCGUGGGAAUCUUAAACUAAGAGCACCCUCAAUUCAGAAAGAUAUUGUAAGAGCUGUUGCAAGUGAAACGACAAAAGUUAUUGUUAAUGAUCUUGGGGAUGAAUUGUUUGUUGUUUUGAUUGAUGAAGCUCGCGACAUAUCUAUUAAGGAGCAAAUGUCACUUUGUUUAAAGUAUGUGAACAAAGAAGGGCAAGUUAGGGAACAUUUUCUUGGUCUUGUUCAUGUUUCUAAUAUCAAUGCUUUAUCUCUAAAAUUAGCAUUGGAAUCAUUAUUAGAAAUAUAUAAUUUAAGUUUAUCAAGAAUACGUGGACAAGGAUAUGAUGGUUCAAGUAAUAUGCAAGGAGAAAUUAAUGGUUUGAAAACUUUGAUAUUAAAAGAAAAUUCUUAUGCUUUCUAUGUACAUUGCUUUGCCCACCAACUUCAAUUAGCUCUUGUAAUGGUUGGAAAAAAACAAGUUGAAAUCGUUUUGCUUUUUAAUUUGUUAACUAAUUUGUGUAAUGUUGUUGGAGUUUUGUGUAAACGAAGAGAUAUGCUUCGUGAUAGUCAGAUGAUUAAGACAAUUGAAGUAUUACAAAGUGGAGAAAUUUCUAGUGGACGUGGUUUGAAUCAAGAAAUGACUUUAAAAAGAGCUGGAGACACUAGAUGGGGUUCACACUAUGGAACUAUACUUAGAUUAAUUUCUUUGUUUUCUUCCAUGGUUAAUGUUCUUGAAUAUGUUGAGGAAGAUGGAAAUAAUUCAGAACAAAGAGCUGAAGCAUGUCACUUAUUGAAUAUCAUUCAAUCCUUUGAAUUCAUUUUUAACUUGCACUUGAUGAAAAAUAUCUUGGGAGUUACUAAUGAGUUAUCUCAAGCGCUACAAAGGAAUGACCAAGACAUUGUAAAUGCUAUGUCAUUGGUUAAAGUGUCUAAGCAACGGUUGCAAAAUAUAAGAGAUGAUGGUUAG